AUGGCAACCAGUCACCGUUUUGGAAACUACGAUAUCCAUUUCUUAGAAGGAAAGGAUGAAAUCGCCGAAGAUGGCGUUCUUGUUAUUAACGAAGAACAAAGAAAACUUGCUGAAUACCCAGAUUUCCUUCCAACUUGGGAUCCACUGCAAAAGUAUGCACUUCUUAAAUUCUUCAAACACAACGAACCUGGUGCUAGAGCUGACAAGAAUCUUCCAAACUUAUUCCCUAAGGAUAAGAAACAUGAAUUGAAGAAUGUGACCCCCAAAUUCGGAACUGAGGUUCAUGGUAUUCAGUUAUCCGAACUCGACGAUGCUGGAAAGGACGAAGUCGCUCUUUUCGUGGCUCAAAGAGGUGUCGUUAUUUUCAGAGGUCAAGAUUUUGCUAAGAAAGGUCCUGAAUUUGCUGUAAAGUUUGGUCAACACUUUGGUAACUUACAUAUUCAUCCAACUUCAGGUGCACCAAGAGAUCACCCAGAACUUCACAUAACUUAUCGUAGAGCGGAUAAGGGAGAAUUUGACCGUGUCUUUUCUAAGCGUACCAAUGCAAUUGGUUGGCACUCCGACGUUUCAUACGAAUUACAACCACCAGGAACAACCUUUUUUUCUGUUUUGGAAGGACCAGAGAGUGGUGGUGAUACAAUCUUUGCUGACACAUCUGAAGCUUACGAUAGAUUAUCUCCAGAAUUCCAAAAGAGACUUGCUGGACUUCAUGUCUUGCAUACAUCUGAAGAUCAAGCUAAGAAUUCAAGAGGUCAAGGGGGUAUUGAAAGAAGAAAGCCAGUUUCAAACAUUCACCCAUUGAUUAGAACUCACCCUGCUACAGGAAGAAAGAGUAUUUACCUUAAUCGUCCAUUCUCUAGAAAGAUUGUUGAAUUGAAGGAAGAAGAAAGUGACUACCUCUUGGCAUUUUUGGCCAACCAUAUAGAACAAGCUCACGAUUUGCAAUUGAGAGCUAAAUGGGAACCAAACUCGGUAGUGGUAUGGGACAACAGACGUACUGUUCAUUCUGCUGUUAUUGAUUGGGAAUCACCAGUUUCUAGACACGCUUUCAGAAUUACUCCACAAGCCGAAAGACCUGUCGAAGACCUCAAGGAUUUGAAUGAUGAGAAUUAUGAUUUAGGUGAUGUUCAGGAAGCAUUAAACCUGAUUUUGAAUUAG